UUUUCAAAAUCCUAAAGGAGACAUGCAGCUGACUCAGAAGGUAUUUUAGCCGGCUGAACGAGAACAAAAUCUUUUGACAACAGAAGUUUAAAAUAUAGUAUGUUACCUGGGUUACGCUAGCCCCAAAUAAGGAGUUUAAUCAAUAAGUUUCGGAAGGGUUUAUUUGAGAGGAAAUCAAAACCUUUUUUUUUUAAUGGAAGGACGGACGGUUCUGAAACUUCCGUAACGGUCUCUCUAUAAUUCAACCAGAGAAGAGUGGAUAGGCAGCCUUCGACUCAGUGGAGUUUCUGUGGGGCAGGGUGCUGUCCUAUGGGAUGGAUGACAGCCAGCAGGAUCAGUACGAGGAGCGUCUGAAGGAGGUCUUUGAGAGUUUCGACGCCAGCGGCGCCGGGUCGCUGUGCCCCGAGGAGCUAUCUGACCUGUGCCAGGCCCUGCACCUGGAGGAUUCCACCCCUACUCUGCUCCAUGCCCUGCUGCAGAACCAGGACCCACUCACUGGCAGGGUUGGUUUUGACCAGUUCAAGAAUGCCCUGAUUGUGGUGUUAUCAACGAGCAUAGUAGCAACACCUGCACCCAGUCAGGAGACAGCACCUGCUUCUCUAUCACCAGACUCAACAGUCCAAGCUAAGUUUGUGCGGGGUAGUAAACGCUAUGGCCGACACUCUACACCGGAGUUCAUAGACACCGUCACAGGCUUCUCAGAGGUGCUCAGCUCAAACGCUACAGACCCACAAGAUCAUGAAGACUCUACUGUGCCCAGGAAACGCGAGCGCUGGAAUGCUCAUGAAAGCGGAACGGAAGAGUACGAGGCAGAAGGCCAGCUGCACCUGUGGAACCCUGAUGAACCCUCUACCCCACGGGGCUCUAUCACACCCCUCUCAGACCACCAGGAGGAGAGGUUUCGGGAGGCCUGCGAGGAGCUGACUAUGCCUUGGGAUGGAUGUGCCAGCCACCAUGAGCUACUGGCUCUCUGUGACCACCUGGGCCUGGAGGUGACGGAGGAUGUCCUCCAGGUUCUAAGUGGUGAUGAGGUCAUGAGCGUUCAGGCGUUUACUUCCUGGGUUCUGAACCAUGCCAAGCCCCCCACCCCGUCUGCCUCCACACCUUACAGACAGCUCAAAAGACUACACUCCUCACAGCCAUUCGAUGAGACGGGCCGUAGAACCAGCGCUAUGACGAGCACCAUCGGGAUGCGUCUGUUCUCCACUCUGGACGAUGGGACAGGGUCCGCUCCUGCUGAGGACAUCCUGGAUGUCUGGAUGGAGGAGGGCAUCGAGAACAGCCCAGAGAUUCUACAGGCCUUGGAUUUUGACCUGGAGGGAAAAGUGAACCUCAGGGAGCUGACUGUGGCUCUGGAGAACGAGCUCCUCGUCACUAAGAAUGGGAUCCACCAGGCUGCACUGGCCAGCUUUAAGGCUGAGAUCAGAUACCUACUUGAACGUGUAGAUCGGGAGCUCCGGGAGAAAGAGAAGACUCGUUCUGACCUGGACAAAGCAGAGAAGUUAAAAACCCAGCUGGCUUCUGAGGUGGACGAGCAUCAUUCUGCCAUCGAACACAUGAAUGACCUCAACCUGAGGAAGCUGGAGCAGGAACACAGGGAGAAGCUGGUGUCUGUCCGGUCAGAGCUCAUUAAAGAGAUGGACCAGAUUCAGCAGCAGACUGGUCAGCAGAGAGAGAAACUAGAGGCAGAGAUGGAGAAGCUCAGAGACGACGAGACCUUCCUCAGAGACCACCUCUCACUCACUGUCAAGGAGAGUAGGCGUCUGGAGAUGGAGCUGCUGGACAGCACUGAGAAACUGGUAGAGGCAGAAAACCAGGUCAGCAAACUGCAGAGGAACCUGGACAACAUCCUGAAGGAAAAGUUUGGGGAUCUGGACCUGGGCAGUGCUGAGUUCUUCCUACAGGAGGAGAGUCUCAGACGGCUACGCAGUAGCUAUGAGGAACAGUGUCGGGAGCUGCAGGAUCGCAUCGAUGAGCUUCAAGCAGAGCUGCAGGAGUACCACAACCUGGGCCGCACCUCUCAGCUCUGUCUCAAACCCUCUCUCUCUGAGGACCUGGAGAGUAAGAGUCCUGGCAUGGAGUCAGACCCAGGUCUAGGCUCAGAGGAGGGCCAGCCAUUGUUCAACAUGAGCCUGGAAGCAGAGAUGAUGCUGGAGCGGCUGAAAGAGAAGCACCUCCGAGAGAUGGAGGAGCUACAGGCUCAGCUGGAGAGCAAGGUGAGUGAGUUUGACCAGAAGGUGGAGGAGCAGAAAGCCGACCUGGAGGCCCAGAAGGAGGCCUUGUCCCUGCAGCACCUGGAGGAGAUCCAGGCACUACGAGGGGAGAUGUCCAUCAUCCAGAACCGAGCCCUGGAGCUUCAGGCCCAACUACACAAUGCUGAGGAGGAGCGGGCCGGUCUAGAGCAGAGACAGGCUGGGGUGAAGGAGAAGCAGGAGCACCAGGAGGAGGAGGUGAGCAGCCUGAGACAGGAGCUCCUGGAGUCCCGCAUCCAGAUUUCUGCCCUGGAGGAGCAGCUGAAAGUCCUGGAGGCCCAACAAGCGAAGGCUGAGCUGGGCCUGGACACAGAGAUGCAGGAGCUGAGGAAACUUCACGCCUUGGAACUCAACAAGCUGGACGUGCAGCACGACAACAUCCUUCAGGUCAGGCUGGAAGAAGAGAAGGGGAAUCUACAGGAGGAGCGGGAGAAGGUGGAGAGGAAACUGUUAGAGGAGUGGGAGAGGGAGAAGAUGGAGUUACAGCAGAGCCACGAGGAGGCGAUGAAGGCUAGGAUAGAGGAGGUGAGUUUGAAGUUCCAGGCAGAGCGAGAGGAGUUAGAGAUGCGACUCACAGAGGAGUGGGAGAGGGAGAAGGCUCAGCUGGAUGAGCAGAGUAACGAGUCGCUCCAGACCGUGUUAGAGGAGGAGAUGUUACGUCUAGUCAAGGAGCAGGACAGUAGGGAGAUACGGCUCACUGAGCAGUGGGAGCUGGAACAAGUUCAGCUCAAGGAGUGUCUGGAGGAGACUUUCCUCACCCGGUUGGCGGAGGAGAAUCUGAAGCAGCAGGAGCAGCAGGAGGAGGUGGAGAGGAGGCUCAGGGAGGACUGGGACAGGGAGAGACUCCAGCUGGAGGAGGACUAUGAGGGGAUGCUCCAGGAGCAGCUGCAGGAGGACAGAGAGAGGCUUGCGGGAGAGAAGGAGGAGGUGGAGAAGAGGCUGCAGCAGAUGAUGGAGGAGGAGAAGGAGCGCCUGGAGGAGGUCCACAGACAGGCCGUGCAGGAACUGAGUGCCAAACACAGUGAGGAGAGGGAACAGCUCAGCGGUCUGCUGGACAAACUGCGAGAGGAAAUCGCUGAGGAGAGGAAAGAACUAGAGAGCCACUUUUCCCAGAAAAUCAGGGAGGUGGAGGCCCGGUUCUCAGGCGACCAAGACGCUGUCGCAGAACGCUUCCAAACUGACGUUUCCAACCUGGAGAAGCACUAUCAGAGCGAGCUGAAGGCACUCACUGACAACCACGCUGAGCAGAAAACCAAAUGGGAUGCGGAAACAGAGGAAGCCCUUCAGAAAGCUGAAGAGCAGAGGAGAGUUCUGCAGGAAACCAGAGAACAAGAGCGAGAGACCAUCACCCAGGACCUGGUGAAAGAGAGGGAGCUGCUAGAGAGUAUCCAUAAGGAAGAGAUGGGCGCAUUGGUUGCGAAGAACCAUGAACUCCAAAAGGAGCUGGAGAGUUUCAUCAGUUUAGCCCAGACCAAAGAGAUUGAGCUGAGUAGGCAGCUGAAUGAUCUUCACAAUAGGCUGCAGGAGAACCUGGACACUAAAGACGAGCUUCUGGCCAAGUCUGAGAAGAAAGCCCAGGAGAUCGAGCUUCUGCUGAACCAGGCCGUGGAGGACUUCAAGCAGGAGAGGGCAGAACUUCAGGGAAACCUUUCUGAAUUAGAGGUGAGACACUCCUUGGCUGAGAAGCAGCUUGAGGAGAUGAGUGAGCUGCUCUCAGAACAUGAUAACCAGAAGUUGAAGAUCAAAGAACUGGAGAAGCUCCUGAGACAGGCAGCUGUGGACUUUCAGUUUGAGAGGCUGGAGCUGCAAGAGAACAUCUCAGACCUGGAACUGAAGCUGAAGGAGAGCCAUCCUUCCUCUGACCUGCAGGACAAUGAGAAAGGAGAGCUUCUGGUCGAGAGAGACCAGCUUAGUAUUAGAAUUCAGGAAAUCGAGAAUGAGCUCAACCAACUUCUAGACUCUGCAGACAUAAAAGGGGGCAAAGAAAUGGGAGAAUCAAAUGAAGUAAAUGUAGCACCACUAGGAGAGGAACGUAUAGAGGCUGCAGCUCUUGAAGAACAAGUAGGUUCAGAAAACAUUACCGUUAGUGAUGAGACAUGUGACAAUGUUGUUCCAGAGGACUGUGAAGGCCUUGACGUAGAAUAUGUAUUCCCUAUGGAGCAGGGACCAAAUGACAAAGUUGAGAUUAUUACUGUAUCACCUCAUGAGAUGGAUAUUUCUGAGAACAUCAUUGCAGAAGUUUGUGAUCAAGAAAUAACUGUUACCUCAGACAACCUGAAUGUCUUAGUAGAGGCAUCUGAAACCUGUGGUGAACAAGGACAAGAUGAUGAGGUGGAGAUGAUACCUGAAACUCCAAAUAGGUUAGAGGAAUGUCCUGAAGACACCAUAACUCUUCAUUUUGAUGGGACAUGCGAUGAUGAAACUACUGUGGACGAUGGCCCAGACCCAGUGGUCGAAUCGGUUGCCGUUGAGGAGCAAGCACAAGAUGACAACGCUAGUGAGGGAAGGAUGAAUGCUGAAACCUCUGAAGACAUUGAGGUAUGUCCUGAAAACAUUAUCAGUGUUGAGGCAUGCAAUGGUGAAGUCGCUGCUAUUCCAGAAGAAUGCCAAGACCUUGUUGAGGAAUCCCAGUCGUCUGAAUGCCAAUGUCAGGCUGAGAACAACAUGGACGAAGACACUAACAAUGACAUUGUAGCAAUGUCCAUUCCAGAGGAGAAACGUCAAAGUGAUGACAUUGAUGGAGAUGUCUGUCCCUCUGAGAUUAAGUGUGAAGACUCCUCCCCUGAUAAGAUUGGACAGAAUGAUGCUAGUGUACAAGAAACUGUUUUCGAAGAUAAGCCUGAAGAGGAGGAACUUCAAGAUGAUCUGAUUAAUGAAGAAGUGAAGAGUUUUGUGUCUCUGGUUGUCUCUUCAGCCCUAGAGGAGAUAGGUCAUGACACUGACGAUACCAAAGUGGCUUGUCUUUUCGAGGAAACUCAAGAUCUAGAGAAAAAGCCUGUGGAACUGAUUCCUCAGCUGCAGCAGAGGUGCGAAGAAGCAGUGAAUGAGCAAGAUGACUAUAUCCGUGAGAUCCUGGAGCUCCAUGAGCAAGUCAGUCAGUUGGAGAGCGAGACCAGUCUUCUGGCUCAGCUACAGAGCCAGUAUGACAGUGCCACUGAGGAGAACCUGGCGCUACAGCAGAAGAUCUCCGAGCUUCAGCAGAAGUCGGAUGCACUAGAGAGUCUUUCAGCAGAAAACGAUCAGCAAGCUUUAGAGAAAAACGGCACCCUCAAAGCUCAGGCCAACGAGAUCAAGGUGACGUCUUCAGAUAUGACCUCGCUUCAGAUCCGAUACGAGGAGUGUAUCUGUGAAAACGCCAAGCUGGAGGAACAAAACUGUCGGCUGGAGAAGAGAGUUGUGGGCCUUGAGAGCAAGAUGCACAUCAUCCAAGACUUCCAAGAUCAGCAAGUAGCGUUGGUGGACGAGAUCACCAGGAUGAGAGAGGAGAAUUGUAAGCUGACUGAGCUAGUCAGCGAGUUAGAGAGGCAGGAUGAGAUUCUCAUGGCUCUGCAGCUGGAGGCCGAGUCCGAGGAAGACGCCACCACAGAACAAGAACAAGAGUCCUUCCUGGACCUGAACUCCCAACUGGAGGCUAAGAUACAAGUGGUGUCGGAGCUGGAGGACUGCUGCACGGAGUUCGAGAAGCAGAACGCCAAGCUCCGCAGAGCCCUAACAGACCUGCAGGACAAGUCGCUGAAGAUGCAUGAAAAGAUGCAGACCCAUAGGAAUGAGGCGGGUCGUUUAGCAGAGGAGAACCUCUUACUCAGACACAAGAUCUCCGUGCUGAAGGAAGAGGACCUGAGAGAGACCCAGGAGGAGACGAUCUUGAAACUGGAGCGUUUCAGGAAGGAGAAGAUAUCUGCACAAAAGAAAGCAGAGAGUUUCAAGAGACAGAUAUCUGAGCUGCGUCUCCGCAGUCAGCAGCUGGAGGAUGAGAACGGGCUGCUGUCGGAGAAGAACGCCCAGAAUGCAGCAGGAGUGGAGGGGUUGAGCCAACAGCUGGGGGAACUGCUCAGACAGAGUGAGAGACAGGAGGCUGUCAGAGACCAGCAGCACAAUGAACCAGAGGACAACAGGACCAAGAUGGCAGUGUGUGCGUCUGCCCUGGAGGCGGAGCUGACCAACGCUGUGGAAGGGACUGUACUACUAGAGGAGGGCAAGGCCCAGCAGGUGCUACAAAUCACCACCCUCCGCGAUAAGGUGGCUAAGAUGGGGGCUGUGGAGUGCCAGCUCUCCCUUCUCCUGCAGGAACACAAGGCUUUGGAGAAACUAACCCAGGGAUUACGCAAUCAGCUUGCCAAGUCUCAGGAGAGGACUCAUGUGUUGGAUGAAAGUCUCCAGUCUGUUAACCUCCAAAACGCCCGUCUCAAGUCAGACCUCCGCGUGUCACAGCAGGAGAAGGACGCCCUCAAACAGGAAGUGAUGUCACUGCACAAACAGCUGCAGAAUGCCAACGAUAAGAACCAGGUUCUGGAGAUGGCCCUGCACUCCAGCGGAUACCAGAGCCAGCACAAGAAGUUGUACCGGGACGAGCUGGCCAGGUUGGUGGAACAGGAGCAGCAGCUGCUGAGGCAGGAGAACGAGAGGCUGACCAUGGAGCUCCACAACACCAAGGACGACCUUCACCACAGCAGGGACAAGACGCGUCAGCUGGAGGCAGCCAUCUUAACCGUGAAGCAGCAGAAACAGCAGGGCCAGUCCAGUGUGGUGAAGACCGUGGAACAGGAGAAGACUGCUCUGAAGAGAGAGCUGAACGUGAUGCAUCAGGAGCUACUCUCUGCUCAGAACAAGGUGUGUGAGGUCCAGAGAGAGCUGGAGAGUCUUCGUCAGGAGAACGAAGGUCUGAAGACCCAACAGGCCCAGCUACAGGCACGGCUUCUGGAGGCCCUCCAAGUCCAGCUGGUUGGUCUGCUGCCCACAUCCCCUCGCAGGAUGCCUGGUGAGCGGAGAGAGCAACACCGCAGGGACGACCUCAACCCAGAGAACAUACAGGGUGCUGCAAUGCCAGAACCGAGGGCCGCUCAUGCAGACAGCUACCGGAGGAUUGGUGGACUCUGACAGACAGCAAGCAACUUGGCAGCUUCUAACAUCACGUUCCCCCAGUCCUCCAAACCUUUUCCCCUGCCUGACGCACCUAACCCCCAAAUCCUGCCUCUAUCCUUCAAGACUCCCCGAAUUAUUGUCCAGUCCUCUUCACAUGCCCCACCCAGUCCUCCAAGCCUUUCUCUCUGUCCGUCCUUCUCACAUCAACUAACCCCAGCCCCAUCCAGUCCUCCAAACCUUUCUCUCUGUCCGUCCUUCUCACAUCAACUAACCCCAGCCCCACCCAGUCCUCCUUUCUCUCUGUCCGUCCUUCUCACAUCAACUAACCCCAGCCCCAUCCAAUCCUCCAAACCUUUCUCUCUGUCCGUCCUUCUCACAUCAACUAACCCCAGCCCCAUCCAGUCCUCCUUUCUCUCUGUCCGUCCUUCUCACAUCAGCUAACCCCAGCCUCAUCCAGUCCUCCAAGUCUCCAUUCUCUGUCCCCUGACCUCGUCCCCCUGCCCCACUUAUGCUUGAAACACUGGAAGUAAUAAAUCAGAGUGUUACGGUACAGUGGACAGUGAUUGGAAUGGGAUGUGAGAACUACUUCAUCGUAAGGGCAUGAAUGUGUAACGAUGGUAUGCUGCCACUAGGUGGCAGUGUACCAGCGUAAAACAGGGUAGUCCUUUGUUAUUUUCCUCAGAUCAAAGGGCUUUCUGAAACAACUUGAGCUCCGUAACAGUAGGUGAACUUCAACGACCUAGAUCCAUGAAAUAUACUCCGAUUUGCAGUAGAUUCCUUUAUUUAACCAGGCAAUUCAGUUAAGAACUAAUUCUUAAUUUAGUUUCAACAGAAUGUAUUAUUGGACAUAUUUUUCCAGACCUGCAUAUUGAUAUUUAACAUUUUUAAAAACGAUAGUUUUUUGUUUUUAUCUUUUUAUUUAUUUAUUUGUAUUUAUUUUACCUUUUAUUUAAUCAGGCAAGUCAGUUAAGAACUAAUUCUUAUUUUCAAUGACGGCCUGGGAACAGUGGGUUUAACUGCCUUGUUCAGGGGGCAGAACGACAGAUGUUUACCUUGUCGGCUCGGGGAUUCGAUCUUGCAACCUUCCGGUUACUAGUCCAACGUUCUUGCAGUACCGGUUAGUUACCAACGGUAUUGAACUCAACAAUAGUUUGAUAGUAAACAAAUGGGAAACAUUUUCAUUGUAAUUAUGCAAAUGUUUUGAUUCCUGUUCUUCCAUCAGUUUUAUUAUGUUCAUGUAUCACUUCCUGUUUACUGUAGAAGCUCAGAUAAGAAGUCUCAGGGUCUUCAGAAGUCAAGAUUAUAUUCUCUAUUGCGCUGUGUGUGUUUGACUUUUUAUGUUUGAUUGUUUUGUAGAUUGUAUUUUAAGUUUCUGGAUCAAAUAAUUUUAUAUUUAUAUAUUAGUUUUUGUGUUUUUUUAAAAUCUAUUUAUUUAGCUGUGAUGUCACUUUGUAAUAAAUGCAGUACAAUGUAUUUCACCGGAGGAGAAUCAAGACCUAAUAAAGCAUCUAGUUUCAUGGGG